GGAUAGACGAAAGAUGCCCCGUGUCUUGAAAAGUGCUCAGAUUCAGCGUUCACACUGAUGAUACAGAGACGAGUUGGCGCUCCGUCGCCGCUGGAACCGGCCGGUGAUGAACGGUUUAUUUCCAGAGAUGUAGCCGCGGCUGCACACCUCCGUUACUUGGAAACCGUCAGAGAAUUGCUGCGGAAAGUUUUUCUCUUCGGAUGGAAGAAGUUUUGAGACAAAGCGGUUUCCACGGGGCAGUUUUUCUCCACUGUGUCGUGAUGGUGGAGGCAGCCGGGCUCUGAGUGACACGAUGUCUUGGGGGGAGUUCAUCGAGCUCCGUGACCUGAGGGCGGACAGAGAGCAGAUAGAGCUGACACACGGCACACAUUCGCCCUGCUCACCUCCACGCCUCGAGAGAGCCAACGCCCUGAGGAUCAGCCCGGGGAAGGUGCCAGACCUGCUGAGCCGGGCGGGCAUCAUCAGAGUCCUGAGCAGCACCCAGGACCCCCAGGUCCCUGAGGAGAAGGGGGAGGGACACAACUUCCAGCCCUGCAGCCAUUCUCAGCCCACAUGGUGUGACCUGUGUGGAGACUUCAUCUGGGGCCUUUACAAGCAGAGCCUGCGGUGUGUCAAUUGUAGAUUCACGUGCCACUACCGCUGCCGUGCUCUGAUCCGGCUGGACUGCAGCUGGGACCGAGGCUCCGUGGCUGAGCACACAUUGGUAGUGGAGCACGCCAUAGAAACAGACACCAAUGUGGAUGAACAAAUUGAAUGGGGAAAGCAGGAGUUGACCACUGCAGAUAUUCAGCAGAAGGUGAAGGAAUACAACGCUCAAAUCAACAGCAAUCUGUUCAUGAACACGAACAAGGAUGGCUCCUACACUGGCUUUAUAAAGGUGCAGUUCAAGUUGGCCCGUCCUGUGUCAGUUCCACCUCCAAAGAAAGGAGGUCACGAUGCCGGAGGGAGGAAGGCUACCGGAGUGAAGCGUCGCACCUCUUUCUACCUGCCAAAGGAUGCGUCCAAGCAUCUCCACAUAAGCUCACGCACCUCUGCCCGUGAGGUCAUCGAGGUUUUGUUGAAAAAGUUCACAGUGGUGGAUAACCCUGGCAAGUUUGCUCUGUUUGAGCGUAGCGAGCGUCAUGACCAAGUUUAUGUUCGCAAGGUCUCUGAUAAUGAGAGUCCCCUCCGCCUGCGUCUGUGUACUGGGCCCAAUGAGAAAGUCCUCAGCUUUGUUCUGAAAGAGAAUGAAACUGGAGAAGUCAAUUGGCAUGCCUUCUCCAUGCCUGAGUUGAAGAACUUUGCGCGCAUGUUGCAGCGUGAAGAGGAGGAGCACGUCAAGCAGAUAGUGAAGCGGUAUGCUCUGGCCCGUGUGAGGAUGCGGGAGGCUCUGGCCGGCUCGACCCCCGGCUGAGACGACUCUGCGCUC